AUGUAUCAAAAGAUUAUAAGUAAUAUUAAUGAAUUGUCUCAAUUUAAGUUAAUAUGCAGAAAAAAAUCGGAAUUAUUAAAUAUAUGGAAAUCUUGUAAAAGUAAAGAAAUUGAAGAAAUCUGGUUAUGCCUUCUAAAUUUAUUAGUAGAAAAUAUAUCCCCAGAUAAACUAAUUUAUAGUGAAGAAAAUUCAACGUUAUUAUUUAGAGAAGAAAAUAAUAGACAAUUUUUGCUUACUUGUAUAAAUUUUAUUUCUAUAUAUUUACAAUAUUUAAGUAAUAAUGAAGGGAAAAAAUCUAUAAAUUUAGAUGAAAAUUUUAGAAAAUUAUUUUAUAAAUUGAUUGAAAUUCAAUUUAUGUUAAGUGAUAAAGAAGUAAGGAUAUCUUUUGGAAAAUGUUUGUUGAAUAUUUGUGAAUUAAAACUGAUAGAAAAUGAGUUUUCUGACUACAUAAAAGUUAAUGUUUUACUAUUUUUACUAUGGAAGUCUUGUUCUACAGACGGUAAAAUUUCUGACAUUAAUAAAUUAAAAAAAUAUAAAGAUUUUUGUAAAAUUAUAAAAUGGGGGAUAUCAGACAAAACAACUAAUUCUUUUUACAUUCUUUGUUCCUAUUCUUUAAGUCUCCCUAAAUUUUAUGAAAAUUGUGAUGGUAAAAUAUUUUUAUCUUAUGUUUGGUCUCUCAAUGAAAAUAUAGCAUACCAUCUUUUUAAUAAAUUUGUUAACAGUACAGUGGUUUUACCUUAUGACAACAUAAACCAUUAUUCGAAAAUUAUUUAUUCAACUUGGAAGAACUGUUCUGAUGACAUGAGAAGUGUCCUUGAAACACAAUUAGAAUACCUCGUUCAUUUUUCCUUAAAAUGCCCAAUCAAAAUUGCAGCACGUUUUAGAUGUGUGCUUGAUAUAUUUAAUACAAACAAAGGUGAUAAAAGUAUCAAUCAAUUAAUAUUCAAAAUUUAUGAUCCUGUUAUAUGGAGAAAUUUAAUGUCACCAAACUGGAAAAUUAGAUUUAAUGCAACAUGUAUUUUUCAAUUAAUAUUUCCUGUUGUGGAUCCCUGCAUAAAAGACAUAAAUUACCUAGAAGAAAUGGACAAAGCUUAUAAUGCACUUAUUGAAUUAUCUGAAGAUAAGAAUACAUGUGUUCGACAAGCUACAGCUAAAUGCAUUUGUUACAUAUUAAAUGAAUUAUGGGAAAUAAUACAUGAUGACAAGAGAAUAAUAUUACUUGAUAUAUUGAUAAACAAAUCAUUAAAAGAUAAAUAUAAUGAAAAUGUAAGAACGGAAGCAGUGCUAGGUCUUUAUGAAAUUGCUAAAAAUAAAAUGAUUAAUAAAAUAUUUAUAAAAAUAUUUGAUAAAAUUAAAAAUCUUAUAAAUGAUAAAUCUAUAAGUGUAAGAAAAAAUUUUGUUAAUCUCGUCUUAGAACUCAAUAAAAAUUUAAAUAAUAAUUUUUCUAAUCAAAUUGAUUUUAAUGAAUUAAUAAAAAGGAUAACAAAAGAUUAUAUUACAUAUAAUGUUCAAUCAUGUAUAAAAAAAUUGUCCUAUAUGAAACAUGGAAAUAAUGAAAAGACAAAAAAUAAGGAAAUACGUGAAUUUUUAAAACUAUCAACCAAUUUAAUAACAUAUAACAUGUGGGAAUGUGAUAUUAAAGAACAAGCAAAAAAAUGUAUUAAUUUCUUAAAUGAAUAUCCUGUUUUAAUGAUAUGCAUAAGUAAAUUUUCCACAAAUUUAAAAUUAAUUAAUAGAUAUAAGUUAUCCUCUGUUCUAUUUGAAAUAACAAAUGUAAAAUUAAAAGAAGAAGAUAGUUGCAUCUUAUUAAGUGAAAAUGAUAAGAAUAUUUUAAAUGAUGAAAAUAUAAAAAAAAAAUAUAUAAGGUAUUCAUCUCUUUUAAUAUGUAUAGCUAAUUUAUUGAAAGCAAAAAAUGAAGAAGAAAUGGAGCUCUGUUCUUCUGAAGAAAUUCAAGACUUUUUAAAAAAAAAAUUUCUAGAAAAAUAUUUUUUGGAUAGCAUAAAUACUAUGAUGCAACCAUUUUAUUUUAAAGUUUUAAAAUAUAUAAAUUUAAAUCAUGAUAAUUAUUUAAUAAUUCAUAAAUAUAAUCAUGAUCAACUAAAUUCUUUGCAUACUAUUAAAAAUAAAAAUAUAUGCAAAAAAUGUAUAAUCCCUUUAUUUUAUAAGUGGGGACUUUUAAAAUCAUAUAUAUGUAAACAUAUUAAUUUUUUGAAUCUAUCUAUUCAAUCAAUUUUUUAUCAAAUGAGAAAUGGUAAAGAUACAUUGGAAAAUUUUCCGAAUAACAAAAAUGAUGUUUUGUUACGAAAUGGCACUGCUAAUAUAGAAAAACAUAUAUCAAAAGAUAUUGGAAAAAAUAAUAUUUACAUAGAAAAUAUUGACAAUAAAGGAGAAUUAUAUCAUAAAAAUAUAAAAGAAAAUAUGAAUAAAGAAAAUAACAAUAAUAAAGAUAUAAAUGCAUAUAAUGAAACAGCUAAUUUAAAAAAUAAAAUAAAUGAAAAUGAAUUGGAUGAAGUUGAAAAAAGUGAUAUUAAUAAGGUUAAUAUUAAAAAUAGAGAAAACAUAAAUGAUACUGAACUUAAUGUAUAUAUAAAUAAUGAAAAAGAACUUAAUGCGUUACUUUUCUUAUCUUUAGUUGUGGAAAAUAAAAAAUAUCAUAAUAUAUUAUUUAAAUAUUUCCCUGAUAUAGUUUAUAAUUUUAUUUAUAAAUUUAAUUUUUUUCUCUUACACACAUUCGAAAAAAUUUCUAUGAGUGAAUUUAUUUUGCCUCCUCAUUUCCUGUCACCAUAUAAUGAAAAACAAAAUAUAACUAUUACUCAAUUUGUCAUAUGUGAUAAAAAGAAAAUAAAAGAAUAUAUGAAAUUAUAUAUAUCUUUUUUUUUUCUCUUUAAUUCUAUUUGUUUUGAAAAUAAACUUUCUUAUGAAUGGGAUGAAUUAAUACAAAAUACUUUAAAGUCCAUUAAUUUAAUUAGUUCUAUAAAAUUUAAAAAUGAAGUUGAAAUAAUAACAAGAAAAAUAACAACAAUCGAAUAUAUUGAUAAAGAAGUAAUGGAAGAAAGAAGGAUAUGGAAAUUCUACAUAAAUAUUAUCAUUUAUUUUAUAACUUAUUACAUUGAUAUGAUUGAAUACAUAAUUGCCAUGAGAAAGUUACCCCUUGAAGAGUUAGAUUUUAAUGAUUUCGUAAAGAAUUUAUUUCUAUUUUAUAAAUGUUACGAAAUUGUAAAUGAAAACGAAAAGGAAACAAAAAAAAUUUAUUACAAAAUAUGGGAUAGAAUAUGUUCAUUUCUUAUGUUUAUAUUAAAUUUUGAUUAUUUUGAAAAAAAAACCUAUUUUAAGUUGAUGAUAAUUAAUACAUUUUUUAUAUUUACUUAUGAAUUUACACCAAAAAAACAAAUUGAAAAAAUACUCAAAAAAUGUUUUGUGGUAAUUAAAGAAAAAGAUACAUUUCUAAAUUUUCUAGAGAAUUUUAAAAAUAAUAAUGACGUAACAAGCUAUAUGAAAGAGAGUCAAAUAAAAAAUAUUGAAAAUAUUUUAGACAUUAUAUUAACAAAUGAUAAAUCAAAAAAAUAA